UUUUUUAUGCGACACAAUAAUUACAAAUCUGUUGAUUGAUGUAAAAAUCCAAUGGCUUCCAAUAAGAUUGGUAACAAUUAUCAUCAACAUAAUCGUAGGUACAAUUGUGACAAUCAACAAGUAACAAAUCAUUUUAAUGGUUUAAUAGUUAACAGUUGGUUAAUCAUUGUAUUAACUGGAUUAAUUGUUUACUCGCAAUUAGCUUUCGUUGUUUACUCUUGUGCACUCAGAAAAUUUAAUCGAGAUUCAUAUGUGUGCGUUUGCGAUGAAACUUAUUGUGAUUCCUUGAUUGAAAUUGAAUCCCCACCAAGUGCCCAUGUUCAUAUGUACGAAACGUCAAGGGACGGACUACGAUUCCAUAAAUCGGUCAUCUCAUUGAUCGAUUCAACAACGGCCGCUGAUUUAGCAGAAUUACCUAAUAACCUUUUCGGUCCAACCUUAACUCUAACCAUUAAUCUUAAUCCAUCGCAAAGAUUUCAAACGAUUAACGUUGGUUUUGGUGGGACAAUCAGUGAUUCCACUUCAUUGAAUAUACUUUCUUUGUCCAAUCGAAUGGGAGAAUCGGUUAUUCGAGACUGUUUCGGACCUGAUGGACUCGAAUAUCGGGUUGCAAGAAUACCCAUUGGAACCAGUGAGGCUUCAACUCGAGACUAUUCAUUGGCUGAGGUUCCUUCUGGUUCACUUGAUGAUUUUACUCUGGCUGAUGAGGACAUUUGGUACAAGAUACCAGUGAUACGAAAAGCGAUUACCCUUCAACCUGAUAUCAAGUUAAUCGCCACCCCAUGGACAGCACCUAUUUGGCUUAGUAACCUGAAGAAAGGGCGACCUUACAAAGCUCCAAUCAAAGGUGAACCCACUGGUCACUACUACAAACUUUGGGCUCUUUAUAUGGUCAAAUUCUUACAAGCUUAUCAAAAGCACGGAAUCAAUUUUUGGGCUUUAACUUCCGGAAAUAAACCUUACUCAUCCUUUCUGGCCAAUGGACCCAUGGGAGUGCCCAUGUUACCCUAUCAGCAGAAAUCAUUCAUUGAUAAUGUCCUCGGGCCGACACUUAAUCAAUCAGGAUUCUUUACUCGCUCCUAUCCAAUUGGCCCAUUGAAAUUAUUGGUUCUCGAUGAUUAUUUAUCAUUUUCCAAUUACUACUGGAUCCCACUGACCCUUGACGAUCCGGUCAGUAAAAAUUUCAUUUCCGGAAUCGCAUUUCAUUGGUAUAAGAAUGAUUAUAAUACGAAACAUUUGCUCAACUUGAUUCACUCCAAGUACCAGAAUUAUUAUUUACUUUCAACCGAAGCUGCUGAAGGUACUCGUCCUAACGAAGAAAAAGUUUCUCUUGGUAAUUGGAAACGAGCGGAAAAUUAUGGUCACGAUAUAAUUAAGGUAUUCAAUCAUUGGACGAAUGGUUGGAUCGACUCGAAUCUGGCACUGGACAUGAUCGGAGGUCCAUCUAAAUCCCGAAAAUUUCAAGACUCACCGAUAAUAAUCAACUCGAUUCACAAUGAAUACUAUAAACAGCCAAGUUAUUAUAUGUUAGCUCAUUUUACCAAAUUUCUUGGACCAGGGUCAGUUAGAAUUGGUCAUUCGAUUGAUUCACAUUUAAAUGAUAAUAUUCAUCUAUUAACUAUGAUCAAUCAAGAUGGUUAUUUAAUUGUGAUCAUUUUAAAUGCCAAUGAUUAUCCUGUUGAGAUUCGUAUCAAUGGAUUUGCCGGUGGAAUUGUUUGGCAAACAAUUAGCUCGAAAACAAUUCAAACUUACAUUGGUCAACAACAAUUUAAUCAACCAAAUUAUACUGAUUAUUAUGAACAACCAAUCAAUUAAUUGUUGUCCAAUGUUAACCAUGCAAACAUUUCAUUCAUUGCUAUUAAUUAAACAACUUUCUCUGUCUA